GUGAGCUCCCAAUCUGUUCUUCUUCCAUGCGUCUGUAGCUGGCACGCUCACCACACCAUAAUAUACGUCUCUCUGACAACACUCUUCCUCGAGCAGCUGCCAUUGUCUCACUUGCAUUCCCAUUCACUGCAGUCUUUCGUCUGGCAUCGCACCUUUUAGUGUGAAGAGUAGUUGGGAGGAGAGUGAAGAUGGGGUACUCCGGGUUGAGAAGGCUCUCGGUUGUAGUGUUCUUGUUCUUAGCUCUCGCCAAUGCCGGUCCGUCGUCGGCCGCCACGCUAGCUUUCUACAAUAAGUGCAGGGAGACCGUGUGGCCGGGUAUCCAGCCGAGCGCCGGCAAGGCCGUUCUAGCCCGCGGCGGUUUCCAGCUUCUCCCCAGUCAGGCCUACUCCCUCCGCCUUCCCGAGGGGUGGUCCGGCCGCGUCUGGGGCCGCCAGGGCUGCUCCUUCGACCCGGCCACCGGGCGCGGCCGGUGCGCCACCGGCGACUGCGGCGGCGUUCUCUACUGUAACGGCAUCGGGGGCGAGCCCCCGGCCACCCUCGCGGAGAUCACGCUCGGGGAGGGGCGGCAGCAGGACUUCUACGACGUCAGCCUGGUGGACGGCUACAACCUGGGCAUGUCCAUGGCCCCGUUCCGGGGGAGCGGCCAGUGCGGGCGCGCCGGGUGUGUCAGCGACCUGAACGAGGUGUGCCCGGCAGGCCUGGCGGUGCGCGCCGGCAGCGACCAUCGGGUGGUGGCCUGCAAGAGCGCCUGUUCCGCCUUCGGCUCCCCCCGGUACUGCUGCACCGGCAGCUUCGGCGGCCCGCAGCAGUGCAAGCCGACGGCGUACUCGAGGCUGUUCAAGGCGGCGUGCCCGCGCGCGUACUCGUACGCCUACGACGACCCCACGAGCAUCCUCACCUGCACCGGCGCCAGCUACCUCAUCACCUUCUGCCCUCAACGCUAAGCCUUGUGUUGUCCUCCUGCAGCACUCUUCGUUACCUUCGGACUUCAAAUGAUGAUCUCAGUAGGAUACUCCGAUGCAUGUCAUAUGAUCUUCCUUCUCCUUCCCACAAUGUGCCGCCAUGUACGUUCUUGUUAUUAUCGAAAGGCUUGCAGUCA